AUGCUGUCUCGACUCACGAUACCCACUUUGCUGCGCUCCACUUUCAGCACAAGCCAGACGUUCCGAUUGGCUUGUGCCGCGACUGGAGUUUCUACCAGGAACUCUACCACAUCGACAAACAACAUCAGGAAAAGCGUUCCAUCUGCCAUUGCGAGGAAGCUUCAUGAUCCAGAUGAGGUCGAUGGACCACACCGCUUCCGCGAGUUUGAGCUCAACGAUCGUGUCUACAUCGUCACAGGCGGAGCACAAGGACUCGGCCUGACUUUAGCAGAAGCGCUGGUAGAAGCUGGAGGCCAUGUCUACUGCGUUGACCGCCGCGAUGAGCCCGCCCAGGACUUCUACGACACCAGGGACCGCCUAGCAAAGCACUACGGCGGCAGCCUCCACUACCGCAAAGUCGACGUCCAACAUGCCCCGGAGUUGGAAGAAGCCAUCGAUCAGAUCGCAAGCGAGCGCUCCCGGCUCGAUGGUCUGAUCGCCGCUGCUGGAGUCCAGUACGUCUCGCCCGCUCUGGACUACCCACCCGAGAAGAUCUCCGAAAUGAUGAACAUCAACUUCGGCGGCGUCUACCUCUCCGCGGUAGCCUGUGCUCGUCAAAUGGUCAAACACAAAACCCCCGGCUCCAUCGUCCUGAUCGGCUCCAUGAGCGGUUUGAUCGCCAACAAAGGCUUCACAGCGUCUGUCUACAACUCCUCCAAGGGUGCCGUGAUCCAGCUCGGGAGGUCACUGGCCAUGGAAUGGGGCAAGAUCAUCGAUGGAAAGGCGAUUCGUGUGAACGUUCUGUGUCCGGGAAACAUCAUGACUCCGAUGGUGAAGAAGAAUUUCGACGACGAUCCGCAGCUUAGGGAGUUGUGGGAGCAGAAUAAUAUGAUGGGGAGGAUUUCGGAGCCGGGGGAGUAUCGUGGUGCGGCGUUGUUUAUGCUGAGUGACGCUUCGAGUUUCAUGACGGGGAGUCAUCUUGUUAUUGAUGGUGGAUAUACCGCGUGGUAG